GCGGAGCCCCUCCCCCAAGCCCAGGCCAACUUGGUUUUGUUUGGAGGCCGCCGUGACUCCAACUUUCAUGACUACCAAAAAUGAAAGCUGACUUUUUGUAGUGCUCUUGUGAAGUGGGAAAACGUCGCAUUUGAGAUGAACACACGGAGCAAAUGAGCACGUUUUCCUUACUUCCCCAAGUGAGCAGGUCUGCCCUGGACUAGAGUCGUUUCUCAGCUCACCAGCAGCACGCGCUCUGGGCCUCACCGCGGCCAGCACGCAGUGGAGCGGCCGCCGCCGACUCUCGCGCUUCAGCACCUGCCUCUGCAUCCUUGUGGAAGCGCGGUUUACCCGAUCUGAUCUCAGUACCGAUGUAGGAGAAUGGGACUCGGGAGCCGAGCGGGGCUGGUGCAGCUGAGGGCUGCGGAGGUGGGGGCCUGGCCUGCGGUCUGGGCCCCGGGUCGGCCACUAUGACCGCGCACAGCUGGUGGCCCCGGGGUCACGGUCCAAGUCGCCCCCCGCAGAUGGAUUUUACUUGGCAGACGCACAGAGGUACACAAGAGCGUUUCGAUCUUUCAAUAUUUGCUGCAAGCUUUUUACAUUGAGAAAUGUAGGCUGAAAACCCCAACUUCUGGCUGUUCUCAGCGGCCCGCGCAGCAGCAGUUUCGAGCCCUGAGCAGGAGCGCCGGGCUCAGGCCUGACCCGAAGACUUCCGUGCCCGGGGCUGCAGGGGCUGGGGGUGUGAAUCUGGGGGGAGCAGGAUGCGGCCGGCCCUGCAGGGACAGCAGAGCAGCAAGCCUGCGAGAAGAGAGGGGCUCAUCUGCUCCACAUGGAGCAAAGGGUCUGCAGAGAGGAAGAGAGGCUGCAGUCAGAAAGGAAAGGCCCGGUAAACUCAGCGUUAGCCGACAGGAAGCCACGGAGACAUGGGUUUCAUUUGUUUUACCCUGAUCUUUACAGUUUUGUCAGCUUUGAAAUAUUUUCUUAUUUUGAAAGGGGGACAUGCUCUCCCUUACCCUUUAGAAAGAUAACUGGAGUGUGUAGGAGGGGUUUUGACAAGAAGAGCAACCGAAAAGGUCUGGGGGUAGCUCAGUGUGAAGGUCCUGGAUUCAACCCCCAGUACCCAGAAAGGGGAGGUCGGGGUCCUCGGGCCUUGUCAGGAUGCAGAGCUGCAGGCCCCGUGCCCAGGCUUCUGAUCCAGUGUCACCAAGGACUGUGGGAAUCUUCGUUUCUAACGAGUUUCUGGGUGAUGCUGACUCAGCUGGUCUAGGGGCCGCUUUUUGAGAAAAAAAGAAAUUACAUUAAAGAAGACAUGGAAUUCAUACACAAUGGAGUACUACUCUGCUCUAGAGAAGGAUAAACUUGAGUCAUUUGUAGGAAACAGAUGCACCUGGAAACAUAAUGUUAAGUGAAAUCCAUCAGACACACAAGCAUAAAUAUUCCUAGAAACCCAAAAUAUAAAUAAAGAGCAAAAUAAAAGAUAGAUAAUAGGAAACGGGGAGGUAGAUCUUUUGCAAAAGGGAAGCGACCAAGAGGUGGAGGGAGGAGAAGAGAGGGGAGGGGAAAGGGAGAAAAAAGAAUGAAGAGGUGUGGUGCCUUCGAGGAGUGUACUCAGGUACUGCAAACUUGGACUAAAAAGAAUGAAGAGUUUCUUAAAUGUAACAGAACGUAUUUCCAGCUGGUGUUUACUGAGCCUCUAGGAGGCCUCCUGAAGCCGGGGCUGUUGGAGCUAGGCACACUAGCGCCUUCCUGGUACCGGGUGCCCAGUGGCUCGGUCCCUAACGGCAGGCCUGUUCCGGACCGCUUGGAAAGCCCUGCUCCGCAGUCCCCUGGGAUCCCCGAGUCUCCUCGCCACCUCUGCAUGUCCAUGGAACACGGCUGUCGAGCAGUAUAAGGUGCCACGCGUGUGCCUUGAAAACGUCAUGGGGCCCAGAGAGUGCGUUCGCGGGUGUAGACCAUGCUGAGUGCGGCGAGCAGCGGAUCACCUCAGCGCUCGGCAGGUCUGCACGAGAAAGCGGAGGAGCUGCCCCGCACCUUCAACCCGCACCGCUGGGGUUCCUGGUGUGCCCGCUCUCCAAGAAGCCGCUCUGAUACGAAGCAUCAACAAAUGAAUUGAUGAAUGAAGAAUUGAGAGCAGCUGAUCUGAUCGUUGGUGGGAUUCCUAAUAUGAUACCACAAGCAGCUAGAACAACAUCAAAAUCAGAAGCAAGAAGAAACAGAGCAGCACUGAAUCAUCGUUUGAAAAACACAACUAGGUUUUUGUAAUACUGUAUACAAUUUAAAACAUGGUGGUGGGUAGUAAGUGGGAAGAAGAAUGUUUCUCUCUGCCUACACUGACUGUUCCUAUUCCACUGAUCUCCUUACUAGGACUCUUCUUCUCCACCUCUGUGCAGGAAAGCUUCCCCCAGGGCUGCGCUAGCAGAGCCAGCCUUUGCGUUUACAGUCUGCUCUUGCCUGUCACCAUACCGGUGUAUGUGUGCUUCCACCUUCGCACUUGGAUGGGUAUUAAGCUCUUCAGGCAUAAUUAAUCUAACCAUAGCCAACAGAUGGCUUAUGGAUUAAGCCUUAAGCAUCUGCCUCUGAAAGCUCAACUCGAUGGACAUACUGGAGACCCAUUUAAUUUGGAGGAAAGUUGCUUUGCUUUGCUUUGCUUAACUCAGGUUUAGGACUAAGAGGUUUAAGCUGUAGAAGUUUUGAUUGUACCUCUGUUCUGUCCCUUUUGAAGAUUCUGACUGCUGUAUCGGAGAAACACUUUAAUAAAAUGUCUUGAUGGAAAUUAACUCCCCUAAUCAUCAAAAAAAAUCA